AUGAUCACAACUGGACUUAUUCUCCACACUUACCCUCUCAGUCGCAUACUCAUUUCGUCCUCCACCCUAGCCGCCACCAACUCCUAUGCGCUAACCAUUUUCAACCAAGCAAGCAAUCCAACAAUUUUCCUGUUCAACACCCUAAUCUCAUCAUCCCUUGCUAGGAAAGAUGAUCAAGUUCACUUUUCUUUAGCUCUUUACACUCGUAUUCUCACUCAAACCACUCUCAAGCCCAAUAAUUACACUUACCCAUCUCUUUUUAAGGCUUGUAGUUCUCAACCAUGGCUUCAAAAUGGCCGUGCCUUGCACACCCAUGUCUUGAAAUUCCUUGAACCACCUUAUGAUCAUUUUGUUCAAGCCUCGUUGCUUAAUUUCUACUCCAGGAGUGGCGAAUUGGGGGUUUCAAGAUUCCUCUUUGAUCAAAUCACAAGACCGGAUUUAGCUUCUUGGAACUCCAUACUUACAGCUUAUGCCCAUAAUACUUCUGUUCAAUAUGAAGCCAGUCUUGAUAAUGCUUAUGAUAACACUAAUUUGUCAUUGGAAGUUUUGCUUUUGUUUAAUCAAAUGCAGAAAUCUUUGGCUAGUCUUAAUGAGGAAGAGAAGGAAGAUGCACUUUCAUACCAUAGUGAAAGGUUAGCCAUUGCUUAUGCUCUUAUUGCAUCUGUUUCUGGUUCCCCUAUUAGAAUUAUAAAGAACCUAAGGGUUUGCAGUGACUGCCAUGCAGCUACUAAGCUUAUAUCAAGGAUUUAUGAGAGGGAAAUUAUAGUAAGAGAUAGAUCUAGGUUUCAUCACUUCAGAAAUGGGACUUGUUCUUGUUUGGAUUAUUGGUAG